AUGAAUGCGCCAGAGUGGGGAAAAGCCGUGCUUGGAUGCUUGGGAGCCUUAGGCUCUGGAGCAGUACAACCCAUAAAUGCCUACUGUGUGGGAUUACUCAUAUCAAUCUAUUUCCUCCCUGAGCCCGAAAUGAAGUCUAAAUCCAGAGUCUUGUCCCUUGUUUUCUUAGGCAUUGGUGCUUUCAACUUCUUCACCAAUAUCCUCCAACACUACAAUUUUGCAAUUAUGGGAGAAAGGUUGACAAAAAGGGUGCGGGAGAAUCUACUCAAGAAACUAAUGACCUUUGAGAUUGGAUGGUUUGAUCAAGAUGAGAACACAAGUGCAGCCAUUUGUGCAAGGUUAGCAACUGAAGCCAACAUGGUUCGGUCGCUUGUCGGCGACCUGUUGUCAUUGCUGGUCCAAGCAGCUUUUGGGGCAACCUUUGCAUACAUACUAGGACUAGUCCUCACAUGGAGGCUAUCUGUCAAACUAUUCAAGAAUGAAUAG